CGGCAGCCAGAUGGGGCUGGCUUAUAUGCGGAAGUUUUCAGUUCCGCUCAGUCCAGUUGACUUCGAAAACUGAGAACAGACGGACUAAAGUCACGCUCCUCUCUGUCUGAACACCAGACCCGGCAUCACAAGGCAAGGUGAAUCAUGAGCAGCAGCUACAGUGUCUCUCUGGCUGGCCCUGCCCCCUGGGGCUUUAGACUACAAGGAGGGAAGGACUUCUGUCUGCCCCUCACCAUCUCACGGCUCACUGAUGGAGGCAAGGCAGCCCAAGCCAAGAUGAAUGUUGGAGACAUCAUUCUGUCCAUUAAUGGCAUUUCCACAGAGAGCAUGAAUCACCUCGAGGCCCAGAACAAGAUAAAGGCCUGCACAGGCCAUCUCAGCCUCACUAUACAGAGACCCACCAGUGUCCCCAACGAUGGAGUGCCUAAGGACGAACCUCAAGAAAUCAUUAAGCCUGUCCCAAUCACUCACCCUGCCCCAAGCACUGCAUACACCAAGCCAUCGAGUCAGUCUGCUCCUGCUUACAACAAGACAGCCCGGCCUUUUGGGGGGGGCAGCAGUGCGAUCACAGCUUCUUCUACCCCGGAGGCCCCCAAAGUAGCCAACAUUCCCUCUGCAUCAUCUGCUUUCACGCCGGCUGCCCCUUCUCAACCACCACAGCCUCCAUUUCCGCUGAAGUCGAGCCCCGCUGCCUCAAACUCAGCUCCAGCCAACUCCACUCCCAGACCCAGCCCUGGUCGCUCCACUUUCACCUCCCCGUAUACCUCUUCCUCCACAUCCAACCCCUCUCCAGCCAAAGUGACAGCCCCCUCCUCCAAUCCUAAUGUCCCACAGUCCUCCGUCUAUAACACACCCAUCAACCUCUACUCCAACACGAAUGCUUGUGAGGUGGCUAUGGGCCAGAGACGAGGUCUUUUGGAGAGCCAGGGCCUGUCAGAGCACUUCAAUGGGAAACCGGUUGAGGAGCCUGAGAAUUAUGUGUACCCAUUGAGCGAUUCUAGCAAGAAGCGUCUGAUUGAGGACACGGAGGACUGGCACCCGAGAACCGGCACCUCCCAGUCCCGCUCCUUCCGUAUCCUGGCCCAGCUCACCGGCACUGAAAAUGACCAAGCUUCAGAGAACAGUGGAAAGAAUGAGCCAGUUGACAAAACCACCCCCACUGUGCACACCUCGCCUGCAGCAAAAACAUUUUCCAAAUCUGCAGCAGCACCCAGAAAUGGAAACGUCAACUCUGCUUCUGCGUACAAGAGCCCAGCAGCCCAGAACAAGCCAUCCUACCAGCCUGGAGCUCCAUCAGGUUUUCCAAAGGGUGGAGCAGCUCCUUCGUUUGGCAAAGUUGCCAACCCUGCUCCCAGAGGUCCAGACCGCCCGACCCCGCAGCCACAUCCACAGGACCUCAACUCUGUGGUGCAACGGGCUGAACACAUCCCAGCCGGCACACGCACCCCAAUGUGCAGCAAGUGCAACAAUGUCAUCAGGGGCCCAUUCCUUGUGGCCAUGGGCAUGUCAUGGCACCCUGAGGAAUUCAACUGUGCUCAUUGCCACUCCUCCCUGGCAGAAAAUGGAUUUGUGGAGGAGAAGGGCCAGGUGUACUGUGAACGCUGCUACGAGCAGUUCUUUGCUCCCACCUGCGGCCGCUGCCAACACAAGAUUCUGGGCGAGGUCAUGAACGCCCUGAAACAGACCUGGCAUGUGUCCUGUUUCGUCUGUGUCGCCUGCCAACAGCCAAUCAGAGGCAACAUGUUUCACAUGGAGGAUGGACAGCCAUACUGUGAACAAGACUACUACAGUCUGUUUGGGACCAACUGCCACGGCUGUGACUUCCCCAUCGAGGCAGGGGACAAGUUCCUGGAGGCUCUCGGAUUCACCUGGCAUGACACCUGCUUUGUGUGUGCGGUCUGCUCUACUUCUCUGGAAGGUCAGCCGUUCUUCUCCAAAAAAGACAAGGCUUUGUGCAAGAAACAUGCACACACCGUCAACAUCUGACCUGCCCCCAUGAAUAUGAAUCAGAGGGGCCAACGGUGUCAGUUUACAGCCAUUUAUAUUUCAGUCAGAUGUUAAAUAUUUUCAGAAUAAAACGGAUCUGAUUGAUCUGUUUCUGUUAGGAUAACAUUGGGUCAGAGGUUCCACUAUAAGCUUUAGUUUUGCUCUAAUAUUUUCAUGCUUUAUCGGUUUAAUAGAUAAAUAUGCAGUACAUUUCAAUACACUGUUAACCCCCUGCCAGUUCAAUAUCUGUGCAAGUGAAUUUUUAAUACACGUUUGUGCUGAGAUUUUUUAUUUGUGUUUGAUAGGACAUUUUUGUUUGACACAGAAAAGUUUAGAAUAUUGAUGUGGAAAGAUAUGCUAUUAGUAAUGCGAGUUAAAGGUUUAGAAAUUAUUUAAUGUGAUGGGGAAAAAAUAUUUAUUUUUAAGCAAGGGAUU